UUGCUUGACUCUCAUCUCUUGACCCUCAAAGCUCAGACCCUCAUUCUCUGUGAAAACUUCCUGUUUUGUUGAAUCAUCGAUUUCAGUUGCCUCUGCGUUCAGGAAGCUGAAGCAUCAACCUUGCCACUCGGAUCCUUCUCCUUCUGUUUUGUAGUCUUUGGUGCGUAAAGACUUGUUUGAAUACUCCGAACACCAUGUCUUCUCAGUCUGCAUCUGAUCAAAACAACUGUGGCAUCUGUCUGAGUAGCAUGGCAGCCCCAAAAGGCCAAAAAUUAUUCACUGCUCAAUGCUCCCACUCCUUCCACUACCCUUGCAUUGUCCAGAAUGUUCAGCAUGGAAAUCUUUGUUGCCCCAUUUGCCGAGCAAUAUGGGAUAAGCAAAAUGUUCCUUUCCAACCAAACAACUGGACUAGUACUUUUCCCCCUCAACAUAACAACUCAGGUGAUCCCCCUCACCCCUGGGGUGUUAAUUUCCCUCAGCAUAAUAACUUGGGUGGGAACUCUCCCAACAUCUCAUUCUCAUUCCAACCACGACAGCCACCCCAUCCGACUUAUCAUCAGUACUCAUAUCAGCAACCCAGUUGGAACUAUCCUUCCUUCCCAUUCAUGCAGCAACACCAAGCCUUUCCCGAGCCAGCUAGCUUCUCUGAUGAUGAACCUCUUUUGUCCACCUCACCAAUGCAAUCCAAUGACCGCCAGGGAGUAACAAUUAAGACUCAGACCGAGUCCUUGGCUAUCUCAGCUGCAGAAUCUCAUCCGCGAUAUCCUGUUCUUGUCAGCAUUUGUGCACCAUCUCUUCAAGAUACUGAUGGCCAGGGGCGUACCCCCAUCGACCUUGUGACAGUUCUGGAUGUAAGUGGCAGGAUGUGUGGCCUAAAGCUUGACCUUGUGAAGCGCGCUGUCAAAUUUGUCAUACAAAACUUGGGGGAUUCGGACCGGCUUUCUAUAGUUACUUUCUCCACAACUGCUAGAAGACUCUUUCCCCUCAAAAGAAUGUCUGUUGAAGGCCGUGAAAGUGCAACCCUAGCAGUCGAAUCUCUUACAGCAGUUGGUGGAACUGACAUUGCAAAAGGACUCAUCACAGGAACUAGGGUCCUUGAAGGAAGAAAGGAAAGGAACCCAGUGGCUAGCAUCAUGUGUUGGAAUGGACUUAGCAUGUUGAGUCCUAAGGCAUGACAACUUCCAUAAUAUAUGCAGAAUAAACAUUGUGGAAUUAAAAACACAUUAUCAUG